ACACGCCUGCUGCACACACACACACACACACACACACACACACACACAGCCCUCAUACUCUGGAUACACAGCACACAGUCUGUGUGUAAUCGCGAGCAUCAGUCCCAUCCUCACGUUCACUCAUCACACUGACGGAGCAGACACAAGGAAAAAAGUAAAAAUGGAGGAUUUCUAUGACGACAACGAGGACAGCUUCAACGACAGUUAUGAUUACAGUUUUGAACACAGCGUCUGUGAUAAGGCGGCGGUGCGACACUUCGGCAGCGUCUUCCUCCCGAUCAUCUACGCCGUGACGUUGGUGGUCGGCCUGGCCGGGAACGCCCUGGUCGUGGCGGUCUACACGUCGAAGGUGCGAUUGAGAACCCUGACCGACAUGUGCAUCCUCAACCUCGCCGUCUCCGACCUGCUGCUGCUCUUCACUCUACCCUUCUGGGCGGCCGACGCCGUCCACGGAUGGAGGUUGGGCUCCGGCGCCUGUAAGGUCACCUCCUUCCUCUACAGCACCAACUUCAGCUGCGGCAUGCUGCUGCUGGCGUGCAUCAGCGUCGAUCGCUACCGCGCCGUGGCCCAUAAUGCAUCAGGCAGGAACGGGGGGUCAGGACCCCGGACGAGGAAGCAGUGGCUCCUUGUGUGUGUGGCGUUGUGGGCCGCGGCCGGCUUCCUCGGCCUUCCGGACCUCAUCUUCUCCACGGUGAAGCACUCGCACCACCGGCUGGCGUGCACCGCCAUCUACCCGCACAGCAUGGCGCGCCCCGCAAAGGCCGCCCUGGAGCUCCUGGAGGUCACCCUCAGGUUCCUCCUCCCCUUCUUGGUCAUGGUGGUGUGCUACAGCUUGGUCGGGCAAGCGCUGAGCCGGGCGGUCGGGGUGCGACGGGACAGGAAGUGGCGGGCCCUGCGCGUCCUGCUGGCGGUGGUGGCCGUGUUCCUGCUCACCCAGCUGCCUUACAACGUGGUCAAGCUGGUCCGAGCGAUGGACAUCAUCUACAUGCUGGUGACCGACUGCGAGGUCAGCAAAGGUCUGGAUCGAGCCGUGCAGGUGACGGAGAGCCUGGCGCUGGCCCACGCCUGCAUCAACCCCCUCCUGUACGCCUUCAUCGGGUCCUCCUUCAGGGGUCACGUGCUCAAGGUCGCCAAGCACCUCGGACAGCGCCUCGGGAGACACCCCCGACCUGUAGGGGAGGAGCCGGCGGUGGAGAUCGCACUCAACACGCGCACUCAAAUGCAAUCGCAGUCCGGUUCUGAAGACCAGGACACCAGCACCUUCACCAUCUGAGACUCUAAACAUCACAGACGCAUUUUACUCAAAGCACCUUUACAAACGUUUAUAUAACUAGAUAUUUUAUAUAUCAUAUAAUGAAGACAUCAGUACGGUGGCCCUGCAGUGACAAAUAGGCAAACACACAAGAAAUAAGAAAACACAACGGCACAAACUUCCAACGGCCUCAGGGCGCUGGUGGCGCCUUGGUUGAAGCGCACGCCC